AUGAGUAAAAUUCAAGUGUCAGCCGUGAGAGAGUCAAUUAGGACUCUUUUAGCGGAAUCUAAGGAAAAAAAUCGAAAAUUUACCGAAACUGUCGAGUUACAAAUUGGAUUAAAAAAUUAUGAUCCGCAAAGAGAUAAACGAUUUAGUGGAACUAUAAAGCUCCCUAAUGUUCCACGCCCAAAAAUGUCCGUAGCCAUUCUUGGUGAUGCUCAUGAUUGUGAUCGUGCCAAAGAAAUUCAACUGGAAUAUUUAAGUGUUGAUGAUCUUAAGAAGCUUAACAAAAACAAGAAGUUGGUUAAAAAGCUCGCUAAAAAAUAUGAUGCAUUUUUGGCAAGUGAAGCUCUGAUUAAACAAAUUCCAAGAUUAUUAGGUCCUGGACUGCAUAAAG